AUGCAACAAGAGUAUAAAUGUUCGUGGUUGCAUUGGCCUAACAUAAUAACAUUAAAUUGGAGAAGUCGAACAAGCCAAGCUUCAGGUGAUAUAUAAACAUUGCACAAAAUGGCUGAGAGAAGAGAUCAGUUACCUAGUGACGUGGACGAAGAAGAAGAGAUGUGUGCAUUCUGCUCAACUGGGCCCGAAUGUGAACCACUACCACUCCAAGCGGAAACUGAGCAUCAUGAUGGAGCCGCAGCUGUGGUUCAAUGUGAAAAAGUUUGGAAGGGGAGAGAGACACUUAAGGUGCACUUCAUGAACCCUAAGGUUCUAGAGAGCUGGGGUAUUGGAGUGACCCCUGAGCAGAUAUUGGACUGGGCUAACGAAGCCUGGUGGAAGGGUGAGGACAGCAACGUCCCAAAAUUUAAGCCGUGUGAAGUAUUAAACAAAGUCGACAUACGAGUCAAGUUUGCAGGUACCAAGUCGGAGGGUUGCUGGUGGGCAAGCAUGCCGAUAGGUGCGGAAGCAAGAAGCCGACUAUGGUGCUAGAUCUUACUGACGAAUUUAUCAUUGUCAAGGAAAAAAAGAUUCAAUACAGGAGAAGUUUGGUCAUCCAUGAGUUUGGACAUGCCUUGGGGCUUGAGCAUGAACACCAGCGCUCUGAGCUGUGGAAGGUUUUAGACAAGUACAUUGACACGGAGAAAAUGAAUGAUUCUGAUCGUGUCAGUACUAACAGAUCAAGAGAUGGAGUCUCGACAUUUGGCAUGGACUGGACAAAUAGGAACUUCAAGGAAGGGAAAAAGUACACCUUGUCACAAGACUAUGACCCACUCAGUAUCAUGCACUAUGGGUUUGACAUGGACUGGUUCAAGGAUGAGCGUCUGCGUAGACUCAAGUCACUGCCAGAUGAUAUACCAGAGAAAGACAAAGUGAUCAUCGAAGGCUUUCACAAGAGGAAGUUGCUGGCGAAGGAGCCUUCUGAUACAGACCUGAAAUAUUUGGAAGAUGCAUACAAGAGUAGGCCUUUUUUAAUGCCACAGUCUGUAGUCUGGAUUUGAUAUGCUGGAAACUCGUCUGCGUUGUAUGCACAAGUGUAGCUCCAAGAGCAGAUGCUGUUGUCCCCGGCCGCACGAGUCAGAUCUCUCUGAAAAGUUUGACAGUUAUCAAGAUGUUUUUGUUCAUCUGUUACACUGUCUUCUUUUUUUAGAUCCUCGAGGUUCAAGUAAAUUUCAGGGUAGACAAAAAAGGGAAACAGAGAUGUAUGCAUUCCCAGGUUGUUCACAUCUCCAAAAUCUUGAGCUAACAAUUGCUUGAGGCUGAGGCAUGCUCCUUGCAAAGAAACCAUUUUUUCUUCACUGGUAGAAUUGCUAUUGUCAUUACUAGUUCUGUCCACAUUUGCUGUUGAAAUGCAGGAUUCUCCUGUGCAGUCAACUUGUCUUGUAUCAGGUAGAGAUUCGAGUGUGUGAGAAUGGGCUGGUGCUCCGGAGAUUAGUGGUAAAGCACUUGUGGUUGCUAAUAGAGCAAUUAGCAAUAGAAAGAAUGUUCUGCACAAUGUAAAUGCUGCCAUGGUUAGUUGUAGUUGAUAGACUGUUAUAAGGUUCCAUUUCUGCUGUAUUUUAUAGCAAGACUUAAUUGCUGAAGUGACAACUCAAGCAUAGGGUAUAUUUAUUAUUCUUAGAGUAACUAGACAAAGAUGUGAGCUAAUUCCAAUUGCAACAUAAAUCAUUAAGGAAGCAUCAAGGUAUGCGUAAUAGUUUGCCUCAUCUACUGCAUUAUACAGUGUGACUGAAACCGAAUAUUAUGAUAGCUUUCAGUCUGGGUAGUGCAGUCUAUUUUUAAGUUUUGGUAAGGGAUCGAUGGAUACACAGAAAGAUAAGAGGGGUGGGGCUGCUGUUGCAGUAAGGAGGCUAAGAGGGUGGGGCUGAGUCCACCCUAGCCUGAUUAAAAUAAUCGGCCUGGUCCGAGGCUAAGUCCACCCAGGAUUGAUAAACUGGUGUGUGUCACUAUAGCUACACUACAUACAAUACAUGCACUGUUUGAAUUUUGGUUUACAAGUGGGGAAAUCCUGAAUAAUCGUUAUGCUAAUAAGUGAGUGUGGUGAUAGAUAUCAUGUAUAGAAUGUAGAUAGGUGAGAUUGACUGUAUGGUUAAAUAAUUUUCAGUGCCUAAAAAAAUCAUCCUAGAUAAACAGGUAUAGUCCAGCUAUCCCGCAAGUCUAAUAAUCGUUUUCUUGUGUGAUUUUUUCGAAUUUGCAGCCAAUGUUUAUAUCUUUGUCUGCAGAAUUCCAACAUCCAUUUUCUUUUUUUGCAAAGUGUACCGACUGAGUUAAUUGUUGGCAUUUGAAGCUAUUCCGUAGGCUUUCUUUCGGCUUACUGCAGUUUGUGGCCUGAAUUUGGUAGUGUGGAAACUCGUCAGCUUUGUAUUCACAAGUGUAGCUCCAGGAGCAGAUGCCACCUUCACGAGCCAGUCCUACCAGCAAAGUUUCACAGUUUUCAAGAUGUUUUUGUUCAGCUGUUAUACUUCUGUCUUUUUCGAAGUCCAAGUAAAUUUCAGGGUAGGCAAAAAAGGGGAAUAGAGAUUUACUCGCUUCCUUCACCUCUCCAAAAUCUUCGGCUAAUCGUUGCUCAAGACUGAGACAUCCUUGUGAAGAAGCGUUAGAAUUGCUAUUGUCAUUACUAGUUCUGUUCACAUUUACUGUUGAAUUGCAUGAUUCUCCUGUGCAGUCAACUUGUCUUGCUUGUCUUGUAUCAGGUAGAGAUUCGAGUGUUUGAGGAGGAUGGGCUGGUACUCUUGAGAUUAGUGGUAAAGCACUUGUGGCUGCUAAUAGAGCAAUUAGCAAUAGAAAGAAUGUUCUGCACAAUGUAAAUGCUGCCAUGGUUAGUUGUAGUUGAUAGACUGUUGUAAGGUUCCAUUUCUGCUGUAUUUUUAUAGCAAGACUUACUAAAAUGACAACUCGUUGGGUAUAUUCUUAGAGUAACUAUAGACAAAGAUACAUGUGAGCUAAUUCCAAUUGCAUCCUCACAUCAAGGAAGUGGACCAGAAAAUCAAGGUAUGUAUUAUCAUGGUGUUAUAGUUUGCCUCAUCCAGUGUGUUAUACAGUGUGACUGAAAUUGAAUGAACACGUUGUUUACUUUUUGGAUUAGAUUCUACUAUAUAUAACUCUAAUAAUAGCUGUAAUAUAGUAGAAUAUAGAAUGCAAAUAAAAAAUUUCAUCAAGUCCUUCACAGAUUAUCCAUGCAGCGAAUUUACAACUGCAUCCUGCGUUUACUUUUUGCAGCUGAUAGUCAGGUCCCCACUCGUCAUAGCCUUCCGAGUCCAUUCGCCAGUCGCCUUGAGUGAAUUAAAACCCACUUAUUUCUCUCUAUAGAAACAACCUGGUGCGUACGAGGGACAUGAUGGAGCAUGCGGUUCAGAGCAACCAUGGCAAUCAAUGUUGAGCAUGCAUGUAUAGUGAGAGAAAUAUUGUAAAAAAUGGUAGUCCAUGAGCAAGCAAUUGGUUCAUCCGGCUAUUGGGCAGACACUGCUUGGCAUAGGAUAUUCUUUCACAGCUAGUAUUUCCACCAAGUGCAUGCAUAGAUUGUUAGGCCUUCCUCGAUGGUGUCUAGCGUGAUAUGUUAGCAACUAUAUAUAUAUGAGCAUUGCUUCUUAGGAAUAGUUCAGCAAACAGCUCUUGCUUCGUGGCUUGCAUUUAGUUGGGCAUAUUUCUUCAAUACCUCCUGUUAUCAGCUGUUUAACAAUGUUAUUCGUUCUAUGUUUCUGGGCAGAUUAUGCAACAUAACUGGAGCAAAACACAGAGCAUAAAACUGUAAAUUACAGCUGAAAGUUUGAAAAGUUGCAUUCUUAAUUCUUGUUGGUCUUAUAAUAUUUCAAAAGUGUUUAUAGUUAAACAAACAUUUUAGUUUUAUAUACUACUGCAAGGUGCAAAAUAUGGCUCAUGUUUACAAGCAUUUUGUUAGGUUUUUUUUUUCAUUGAUUUACUGCAUAGAAAUGGCAAAUUUACCGAAGAUUUUUGUGGAUGCAAAUUAUGGCUUUCUCACGCAGCUUUACCCUUCUUGUGUUGUGUAAGCUGAGACCUUUCCAAGUUCCUGCGUGCAAUUAUUCAUAGCGAAAACUAUUCAUACAGUUAGUUUCAUUUCACCGAAGCACUAGCAUGCACCCGCAGUGCUUUCAUUGAGUUUGUCGCAGAUUUUACAGCUUUCAACACUCCGUGAAAUGAAGCUGAUGAAAAAACGGUUUUAUACCCCCCAAAAGCAAAUUUGUGUUAUCGAAGGUAGAUGUAACAGGAAGUAAAUUAUAUUAGCUAACCACUGACCAUGAUAUUACAGCUUCAUUUCACGGAGUUCAACAAUAUUGCACAUGUAUGCGCGGUUAUGUACAAUUCGCUCUCAAUACAGAGGAUUCCCUUCAAGCUGCUCAACUGGGCCCGAAUGCAUGGGAGGAACCACCACCACAAGCAAAAACUGAUCAAAAUGAUGGAGCCCUAGCUGUGGUUCAAUGUGAACUAAAAAGAAUCUUUAAUCGGACUGGGCUAAUCAAGGGGUCCACACAGCAAGGGUACCAAGUCGGAUGGUUGCUGAUCAAUGGUUUGACAUGGACUGGCUCGAGGAUGAGCAGCGGUCUGCGUAGACACGUAGCUCACUAAAAACAAUUCUCAAUAGUAAGGAUACCAGAGGAAGAUAAAGUGAUCAUCAGAGGUCUUCACAAAAGGCAGGCAGUUACUGGCAGAGAACCACUUUCUGACCUGUAUUGUGUAAGCUGCAUAAGAACGUGCGAAUAAUAG